AAUAGCUGUACCCCCAAGAGGUCAGAUAGUUAUUUCCUGAAUGAAGUCAAAUAACGUCAAAAUGUCUUUUACUUUGAUAUUUCAGUCACGUGCAUUCCAGGUGAUUGAAUCUUUAUCUGGGCAAACAGCAGAGAGUUGUGUUGGAGUAAAUUGAGUUUUGUGUCAGUACGUUCUAUUCAUUGGCAGUGAGGCCCAUGUCACCAUGUACAGCCUCAUGCUGUGGAAAUUGCAUGAACUGGUGAUCAAUAUCAUUUUGASUUUUGGGGAACAUUGUCCAUAGUCUGUAAACUUUAAUGAACUUUUUCAGACAUUUGUCAAAAUAAAAUGCCAUUAAGCGACAGAUGUGGUCUGCAGAUGUUUGAUAGACAUUUGCUUCAUGUUUGUAGAAAAAUUUUGAUGAAUGUAAAAAUGAAACUAUUAAAUGUUCGGACUCUGAUGGGAAGGUUCUGAGAAUGUAAUGGUUACGGUUAGGCUGUAGAAAUGAAUGUAAGUCAAUGGAAAGUCCCCACAAAGAUAGCCACACAAACAUGUGUGUGCGCGCGCGCGUUGUUUGCUACACUCUCACGCGCCUCCAAAAUAAACUCCAGAUACGCGUCGCCUCGUCCCGCCGCUGCCAGGCAGCAGGGCGGAGAGUCAGCCCGCUCUCAUUGGAUGACUUUUUUUCCGUGAGUUUCUCGUGAAGUGCUGGUGGGAGGAGAAUUUCCAGCAAGAACGGAUAUCAAAAAUAAACCCCCGUCAUGUCCGAGGGAAGAGCAAGACGUAUAAAUACCCSUGAUGUGUCCAGAAUGCAGCGCKGUUCAGAGGAACACAGAAAGACUAACGCAGACGGUUCAUAGACAGACACUGCCUGGGAGUGUAAGAGAUUUAAGGAUAAUAGUCCCUGGACUGGGGAGGACGCAUAACUUCCUAAACAUCAAGCUGCAUUUCCCCCAUGGCAGCAGCUCUCUGCGUCUCCGCAGCUCUCUGCGUCUUGUGUCAGAAGAUGCGCAUCACGCCGCGUUUCGUCUCUUUGCUCCUCUGCCUAGUCAACGCAGCAGCUGCCUCCCAGUUUGAGUCGGAGGAUGUUGUACCUGUUCGGAUUAACGGCAGAGUCGGCGGCCGCUUCUGGAAGAGAAGCGAAGAAAACCCCAUUUUCACCCUCAAGGCGUUCGGCAGGAACCUGACUCUGAACCUCAUCCCAGACACCAGUUUUCUGUCGCCGGCCUUCAACAUCCAGGGCGUCAGCGCCGCUUUACGCAGCGCCUCAGGUGCCCAGCCCGGGCUGCGCUCUGACCACAAUGGCUCCAAGAACCGGACACAGGAGAGCGAAGGACGCCUGCGGAGAUGCUUCUACUCCGGAAACGUGGGUCAGGACGAGAACUCGCUCGUAGCGGUCAGCCUAUGCUCGGGCAUCUUCGGCUCCUUCAUCACGGACGGGAAGGAGUAUCUGAUCGAGCCCAAACUCCGCAGCGGCCAGCGGCCGGACUCUGCCGAGCAGCUGCAUGUGAUCAGGAGGAGGAGACUCGCCGAGAACCGCGGAGUUCCCCUCCUGUUUAAUGGCGCUGCRGAGACGCUCCGAGCGGAACGUUUUACGCACCGCGGCAGUGAAGCACGGAGGGAAGCUCGCCGGAGACGCUUCGUUUCAGAGCCACGCUUCAUAGAAACCCUGGCCGUAGCAGACUCGACCAUGACCCACUUCUAUGGAGAUGAAAUAAAGCACUACAUCCUCACCCUCAUGUCCAUGGUGGCCCAGCUGUACAAGCACCCCAGCAUCAAGAACUCAGUGAACAUAGUGGUGGUGAAGAUGUUGGUGGUGGAGGACGAGGAGGCUGGACCGGAGCUGUCCAGCAACGGAGGCGUAGCUCUGCGCAACUUCUGCUCCUGGCAGCAGCUUUUCAACCCACCAAGCCAAAGGCAUCCUGAGCACUACGACACGGCAAUGCUGUUCACCAGAGAGGACAUCUGUGGACAGAAGAGCUGUGACACACUGGGUGUGGCAGAUGUCGGGACGAUGUGCGAUCCCAAGAGAAGCUGCUCAGUCAUUGAGGACAAUGGCCUGCAGGCCGCCUUCACAGCUGCUCACGAGCUCGGCCAUGUGCUGAGCAUGCCCCACGACGAUUCCAAGACUUGCGAGAAGCUGUUCGGUGAUAUGGGAGGGCAUUACCUGAUGGCCCCUCUGUUUGUUAGUCUCAACAAAUCGGUGCCGUGGUCUUCCUGCAGCUCUCUUUACAUCACAGAGUUUUUCGACAACGGCCAUGGAGACUGCCUCCUGGAUGUCCCRGAGAGCACCAUUCCCCUGCCACCGGAGCUGCCGGGUACCAUGUACAACCUGGACCAACAGUGUCAGCAGAUUUUUGGGGAGGAGUUUGUCCACUGCCCCAACACGUCAGACAGAGAUAUUUGCAGCCAGCUUUGGUGCCGAGAGGACGGUACGGGGCAGUGUUCCACCAAGAACGGCAGCCUGACCUGGGCCGAUGGCACUCCCUGCAGGUCCAAUGGGACCUGUCUACAUGGAGCAUGCAAGAUGACAGAGGAAGUGAUGCAACCACUGAGGGCUGUGGAUGGCGGCUGGAGCUUAUGGGGACCAUGGCAGCGGUGCUCCAGGACCUGUGGAGGUGGGGUGGAGUUCUCCUACAGGGAAUGCACUGAUCCAGUGCCUCAGAAUGGCGGGAAGUACUGUGAGGGACAGAGAGUUCGAUACCAGUCCUGCAACACAGAGCCUUGUGACUCCAGUGAAGGUAAAAGUUUCAGAGAAGAGCAGUGCGAGAAAUACAACAGCCCUAACUACCUGGACUACAAUGGAAAUGUCAAACAAUGGAUCCCAAAGUAUGCAGGAGUUUCCCCCAGAGACCGCUGUAAGCUGUUCUGCAGGGCAAGGGGCAGCAGUGAGUUUAAAGUAUUUGAAUCAAAGCAGGUGAUUGACGGGACAACCUGUGGCCCUGACACCACAUCAGUGUGCGUUCAAGGCCAGUGUGUGAAAGCAGGCUGCGACCAGGUGAUCGGAUCUAACAAGAGGGUGGAUAAGUGUGGAGAGUGUGGAGGAAAUGGGCUGAACUGCAGAAAGAUAACAGGCUCCUACAACAAAGGAAUCUAUGGCUACAGUGACAUUGUCACUAUUCCCAUUGGUGCCACCAACAUUGACAUCAAGCAGAGGAGCCAUCGAGGAAUCAAGCAUGAUGGGAACUACCUGGCUGUGAAGCGAGAAAAUGGAGCUUACAUCCUCAAUGGUAACUUUUCCGUAUCCACAGUGGAGCAGGACAUUCCCAUACUGGGCGCUGUGCUGAAGUACAGCGGCUCCUCCACCACAUUAGAGAGGAUCCAGAGCUUCAGGCAGCUGAAGGAAGCCAUAACCAUCCAGGUCCUGGCCACAGGAGGGGGUGUCAAUCCCCCCAAGAUCAAAUAUACCUUUUUCAUCCCUAAGGACACGGCGUUUAGCAAAUCUAAAGAGAAAAAGGGCUUGUACUUGUCUCUACAUAUGAUCAGCGAUGUCUCUGACUGGGUGCUGGGAGAGUGGUCUGAGUGCUCCAAGAGCUGUGGCUCUGGGUGGUCCAGGAGGAGCGUCGAAUGCAGAGACGGUGACGGCUUCUUCUCCAGCCAAUGCGACAGGGAGCUGAAGCCCACAGACAUCCGGCCUUGCGGAGAUGUACCGUGUCCUAUCUGGCAGAUGGGUCCUUGGUCUGCCUGCUCACGAACUUGCGGUCAGGGUGAGCGCCGCCGCAGUGUGUUCUGCAUAGACUACACAGGGAAGACUGUUGAACCAGAGAUGUGUGAUCCAAAUAAAAUCCCAGAGCCAGUCUCUGGGCAAUGUAACAACCAUGACUGCUCAUGAAAAACAUGAUUACAAUGAACAGUCUUUUUUUUUGUUUUUUGGUCAGAGUGCACAUACAAAUCCUGGAUGGGAACACCAGCAGCAGACAUUUUGGAACAAAAGGACCUGGACUCUAAAUUUUAGAGAAAAGUCUUCAACUUUUGACUAAAAAGAAAUGACAAACAACUAAAAUCUAAAACUGCCUUGGUUUUAUUCCUAAGAAUUAUUUCUGAGAUAUGAGCAUGAUUGAAGGGGGUUGGAUGAACUUGUAUGUUGAUAUUCCUGGUCCCAUUAUAAUUUGUCUUUUGUUAGCAUUUGACAUCCACUAUUAAGAUUGGGAACAGUGAAGAUCUACCUCAGGAUGCACAUGUGAUGCUAUGUGUAAAUGCUAGUGUUUGAUGUAGUGUGUGCUUUCUCUAGAAUGAGUUUUAAAAGCAAAGAAUUAACUUCAGGAAUAAAUUUGCCAUACUUUGCCAUUUGUUUUCUAGAUUUAGGUGCCACUGUGAGUCCAAAACAUUAGCAAGAGCCAACAGAGUCUGUAUAUCCUGGAGAACUUUGAUUGAACGAUUAAGACAUGAGGCUAUGUAAGCCUUUGGGAAAAGUGUUCAUCUUGAUUAAAAUCAGAUCUGAGUGAAUUCACCAAGAUGAUGAUGUCAGUUCUUUCAAAACCAUCCAUUUUAUACCCUCAUUGAUAAACCACUGCAUCCAUAUUUUCUAUGAAGAUGGUAAUAAAAAUGCUCAGAUCUCAUGUUUAAUUUAAUGUAAUUUUGUAAUUUCAUAUUAUCUCCUGAAAACUUUUCAUCUGGCCAUAUUUUUGCAGUUAUCCAUAUUUUUGCCUAUUAGCUUUUAUGAAAUGUGUGAAAUUGUAACCUCUGGUCAACCAUUGAAUAAAUGCUUUCCUGUUGAUAGAAAUUAUUCAAGAGAAUCAUAAAACUGCAUUAUUUUAACAUUUCUUAUCUUCCCACCCUCACCAUCACCCUGUAGGUACAAACUCUUACACAAUUGGUGAAGAAUAACUAAAACUAUAAAGGUACAAAAAGAUUGUUCAUGACUCUGUUUCUGGUAGAAAAUGCAGUAUAAUUAUAAAAGAAAAAAGUCAAUGAAAAACAAAAAUUCACUGUUCAUAACUGAACAGUUAUGAACAGUGCUUAGGGCUUGCACUAAAAGACUUCCACUGAAAAAAAUAAAAAACUUUUCUGCAAGUUAUUAUAUUGUGGAUUAUGUUUUCAGUGUUCUUCUAGUUGAUUGUUUUUUAUUCAUUCUGAGUUUUCACCAAAGAAGACAGAUGUAGUCCAAAGCCACAGAAGCUGAAAUGAUCAAAACAUGAAUUUGUUCCAUUUAAACAUCGUGUGAAAUGUGUAAUCUUUUUUACACAGACAAGACAUCCUCUGUUUUGUAGUUUGAGCAGCGAUAAAAUAUUUAUUGCAACAACAAAUCUUUUUUUCAGUUCCUUUAUGUCUUAUAGUGCUAAGUGAUAAACAUGAUAUAUGUACUGAUAAUUUAAUUUGCUUUCAGACUUUGUGGUCAUUUCUAACUCCUGUAUGUAUAUUUGAUGUAUUCAUUUAUUUUGUUAACUUACAGUAUAAUAUAAGAUAAAAGAAAUGGGAUAUAAGGCUAAUAUUCCUUCAAUGAAGGAUAAUACUAAAGUAUUGUUACAGCUUUCUAAGCUGUUUAUUUUUGUAAAGUUUUUACUUUGAUUAUGUCAUUAUCAUGGUAUAUGCUGCUGUCUUUGAAUAUUGUUCAUUUUUUG